AUGGCUGCAACACUAGAAGAAAUGUUCUUGCCCGUCACCAGCCGAAGUACUCAGGAGAAACUAUCCUACACCUCACCCAGGCAGCACAACAACAGGAUAUCCGAGAGGAACACCACUGAGGGCACAGCAUCAAUAAAGAAAUGUCAGAAAUAUUCUCAUUCACACCCAACCCAGCACCUGGACAAUGUUGACCACAUAGCAGUUCACACUUCGAGGACAAGUACUGCCACAGUUGACCCACCCAAGCGAAGCCCCGAGUCCACACCCUGUGACUCCUCACAUACGCUGAGCCGCAAACAGUGGCAGAACCGACAGAAGAAUAAGCAGAGACACAAGAACAAGAUUCGACCACUUCAGACACCAGACCAGGUUCCUCCAGACCAGGUUCCUCCCGUGGCUUCCACAGAGGAGACUGAGGUGCCUCCUGCCCCAGAGUCAGACGGUCAGCAGACUAGAGCCGGAGCCCUGCGGGCACGCAUGACACAACGGCUGGAUGGGGCCCAAUUUCAAUACCUUAAUGAACAGUUGUACUCACCUGCCCAACGCCUCUUCCAGGAAGACCCCGAGGCUUUUCACCUGUAUCACCGGGGCUUUCAGAAACAAAUGAAAAAGUGGCCACUGCACCCAGUGGAUCCUAUUGCCAAAGAUCUCCGACAGAAACCUGCAUCCUUGGUGGUAGCUGACUUUGGCUGUGGAGAUUGCCGCCUAGCUUCAAGUGUCCGGAACCCUGUGCACUGUUUUGACUUGGCCACUCAGGACCCCAGGGUCACUGUAUGUGACAUGGCCCAGGUGCCUCUGGAGGAUGAAUCUGUGGAUGUAGCUGUGUUUUGCCUUUCACUAAUGUGAGCUAACAUCAGGGACUUCCUUGAGGAAGCAAAUCAAGUGCUGAAGCUGGCGGGUCUGCUCAAAGUAGCUGAAGUUAGCAGCCGCUUUGAGGACAUUCGGACCUUUCUGGGGGCUGUGACCAAACUUGUCUUUAAGGUCAUCUACAAGGACCUGACCAACAGCCACUUCUUCUUGUUUGACUUUGAAAAGACUGGGCCUCCUCGAGUAGGACCCAAAGCCCAGCUCUCAGGCUUGAAACUUCAGCCCUGUCGCUACAAGCGCAGGUGACCAAAGGACACCUGUUAA